CGUUAACAGGUGAGCAUGAUGGCACUGAUUAGACGCGCAAUAGAGAGCAGUUCUCCAUCUGACGGUCAGAUAGCAGAGAUACCUGCAGAAUUUUAAGGCCGGGAGUGGCAUAUUGGUUGGUAGUUCGGUUUUUUUGUCGUUAUCAUUGGCUACGAAUUGGGUGUUGAAAUGGCAAAUAAAUUUUUAACUGGGUUUUUCCCCUUCCAUGCCGGAAACAGAUCGUUUUCUGUAUGUGGGUGUUGUGUUUCAUGGGAUUAAGCUUGAGUUUUAGGCCAUACACUUGCUUUUUCACCACUUUGAACAAGUUUCAGAUUGAGUGGUUGCAAAAAGAUGUAAUGGUGAGGUGGGAAGAAUUUGCAGAGACUUAAGUUUAUUGGAUUUGGAAUAGAUAAUGAGCUUACAGAUUUGGGUUUUUCCUUUUAUCUUUUCGAUUUUGUCUUUUUAUUUUUAACUUUGUCUGAGGUGGAUAUAGUAAAGUUCAAAGCUUGAUAUGAUGUUUAAGGUGGAUUUGAAAGUGGGUGUGUUGUAAGUGGGUGUCUUAUAGACCGGCCAAUUCGGAACGUGACAGUCAAGCUUCCCAACUUCCCCCCGCCUCUGUGUAUUCAUGCAUUGGAUUGGAGUGUUGAUUUGGUAUUUAUCUAUGCACUUGUGUCUGUGAUUUUUAAUCUGUGAUAGAUUUUUGAGUUUUGAUUUUGUUAUGAUGGGUCAUGGUGGGGACUCUGGCAUGAAGGCCAGUUUUGAGCAUGCAAGAGAUUGCAUGGAGACUCUGGGCAAUGAUAAUCCCAGCUGCAAUGUUUUGGAGAACAUGAGUAAGCUUCAAUCUCAAUCUCAAUCUGAAUCUCUAUCCCCUGAGGAGUCGAUGAUGGGGGACACUGAUUGUGAGGUGGUUAGAGAGAAUUCGGUGGUAGUUUCCAAGUCCAGAAGCUUUGGUCCUGCUGCUUCGGAGCUUGGUUUUGAGGCAGGGAAUUCUGUGGCAGUUUCUAAUUCCAUCAACAAGAAUAGCAGCAGUAGCCAGUGCCAUGCCUGUAGAUUCUGCCAUCGAGUCUUUAGCUCAGGGAGGGCUCUGGGCGGCCAUGUGAGAGUGCAUGGGACUAGUAGGUCUAAUGGGGAAUCAUCUAGCAGUGGAAUUGUUUCUAGGGGUGGCCGUUUAUCAACAGAUACCUGGAUGAAGAAAUCCAAGGUACCCACAAGUAGAUCCAAUGGGAAUUCCAACUGGGUCGGAACUGGUAGUAUUGAAGAGGAAGGAGAAGAAGCAGAGGAGGAGGAAGAGGAGUACAGAGUGUUGAAAAAUAUGAAUAUGGAUGUUGAACAGGAGGAAUUGAGUGAUCACAAGAUGGUGUCUCUGUACACACUGAGAAGGAAUCCCAAGCGGAGUAGGAGGCUGACAGACGAGGAGUUCAGUAUAGAUUUGAGUACCAAGAACAACAGAGCCUGUGUUGAGUGUGGGAAGGAGUUUUCCUCAUCCAAAGCACUGUUUGGUCAUAUGAGGUGCCAUCCUGAAAGGGAAUGGAGGGGAAUUCAGCCUCCGGAUGAUAACACCUACGCUACUGAUGAUGAUAAUGAGGACAAUAUCAAUGGUCAUGGUAUUGAUUUUGCUGCUGCUGCUGCUUUAAGUGGUGUUUCCCCAUUGUGCUGGCAGAGCUCCCAGAAUUUAGAAGAUCUGGAAGCCAAAGAAGAAGAAGAGGCAGGUUCAGAUGAUGAGAGUGAUGGAGAGAGCAUGAAGUCAAGAGAGGAAGCUUAUGAACCUGCCUCCUGCAGUCUCACCUGGUCUGUCACUGCAAAAAGAGGUAGGAGAAGACCAGUUAGGCUUAUUCAAACUCAACAGGAGGAGGUUGCUGGUGAAGAAGGAAAAGCGGAUGUGGAUAAUAAUAAUACCGAGGAGCUUGAGGGUGAUAAUGACACUGCCCGUUUCCUUGUGAUGCUUGCUUCUAGUGCUAAUAAUACCAAUACUACUAAUAAGGCUAAUAGACCAGUGGAGAGACAGUUGACAGAGGAAUCGGUAUAUCAUUCAAAGACAAGGAAGUGUGAAUAUCAGGAAAGUAGUGAGGAUCUGGAUGCAGGACAAGAGGAUCUGGGCCGGAAGAAGAUGAGGAAGAGGACUGAUAAAAUCAGUAGACCUGUUGGACUGGGUGCUGGCCUGACUGAAACAGCCGGCAAAUAUAAAUGUAACACAUGCAAGAAACUCUUCAAUUCUCAUCAGGCUUUGGGAGGUCACAGAGCAAGUCACAGGAAAGUCAAGGGUUGUUUUGCAAUAACCUAUGUCAAUGAGGAAGUGGAGGAGGUGACAGAGGAAGAAAUUACAGAAGAUGGUAGCAGUCAACUGAUGAUGGAGUAUCACCCAGCUGAUGUGAUUGAUAUGUGUUCUUCACAUGUAAGAGAAGAGGAUAAAAGAGCUAAUCUCAGUAACUUGGCUCAACAACAGAACAUGGAGCUCGCAAUUCCAAUCAAGAAGGCCAAGGGCCAUGAGUGUUCUAUCUGCCACAAGGUGUUCCCAUCAGGUCAAGCUCUUGGUGGGCACAAGAGAUGCCAUUGGACUGGUGAAAGAGUUCCAGAGACAGCAGACAGUGUAAUUUCAACAGAGAAACAACCAAAGCUAUUGCGAGGCCAAGAGAGGGAUAAGAAAGAGCCGCUUUUUGAUCUCAACGAACCAGCACCAGUGGAUGAAGAGGAUUUUGAAGCUGCUUAUGGCAUGAUGGAAGUGGUUCCUGCUUUUGCUAAGAGUGUUAAUCACAGAAUGAAGAUGCUUGAAGCUGUGACAAAUGCUGGCUUUAGGUAUGUAGAGUGUAACAUAUGUGGCUACAAGUUCGCAUCAAUGGAUGAAUUGAGGACUCACCAGAUUACCCAUGCCUUGAUGCCGGCAUCUUGAUCUUUUUUCCACUCUAGAUAAACAAGUGCAUCUGGAGAUUCAAACAUUUUGAGCAUUCGUUCUAUACAGAAAUCUUUUUUCAUAGGCAUAAAUUUGUUUUUGUUAGUUCUUCAAGAGACUAGACUUGAAGACUUCAAGCCCUGAUCUUGAAAUUUGUGGAUUGGUGUCAUCAGCAAACAAUUUCUGAUGGAACACGAUUCGUGUAUAGGCAAACGAAAGCUGACUAUCAUUAUUUAUCAACAAUAAGAUCUCUGAUAUGUUUGUACAGAGUUCUGUACUUGACAUUUUACAAUUCUAUACAUUCCUUACUUGUUCAA